UCUGCUAUAUAUUAUUACAGAAAAACGCGUUUUUUUCCCUUGUUUGGUUUGUUAUUCUGAGAAAACCUGUGAAAAACGCAUACACGUCAACAAAGGAUGCGCACGGAACUUAACCUACACAGCCCCCAUCCUUCUUCAUUCCUCCUUACUCUUUCCUUUACUCACAGGUCACAGCCAUCUUGCACUCUUUAAUGGCAGAGAUCAGAUUCCGAUCUCCAUCUGUAAGAAAAUUUAACGCAAUAAAAAUACAGUCUCAUCACUAACAGACAAAACAAGAUUGCAGCUUUGCUAUUGUUCUUGCCGGGUGUUGUUCUUGAUUUGGUUUCGAGCUGUUUCUCAACUGGUUUUCCAUUCUCAGCAAGUUCUAUGGAGUUGUAGAUGGGUUCUCUAGAGAAUGGGGUUCCAUUAAAGAGGGCUCCACUGCUUCGUUCUGGGUCUUCCAACAGAGGCGAUAGACACCCAUUCUUGCAUAGACCCAGAUCCAGAUUUACUCGCUUCUUUGCUCGUUUCUUGCUAUUCGAGAAGGUUGACUACCUCCAAUGGAUUUGUACCAUUGCCGUUUUCCUCUUCGUUAUUAUUUUGUUCCAGGCGUUUUUGCCUGGCUCUGUGUUGGAGAAAUCCGGAGAUUCGGUUGAAGAAAUGGAGCCAAGCUCUGGAAACUGGAUGUUUUUAAAGGAUAUGGAUGGCUUAGACUUCGGCGAAGGAAUCAGGUUUGAGCCAUCCAAGUUGUUGGACAAGUUCCAACGAGAGGCUAUAGAGGCGAAUUCAUCUUCAGUUUCGAGCAGACCGGGAGUGCGUUCAGGAGUCAGGAAGCCGCAGCUUGCCUUGGUUUUGGCAGAUCUGUUGGUAGAACCAGAACAACUGCUGAUUGUCAGCGUUGCUCUCUCUUUGCAGGAGAUUGGAUAUGAAAUUCAGGUCUAUUCACUUGAAGAUGGUCCUGCGCAUGUUGUCUGGAGAAAUAUAGGAUUGCCUGCCACUAUUCUUCGCACUAUUAACAAACAAGAGAUUGUCAUAGAUUGGUUGAACUAUGAUGGUAUACUUCUGAAUUCUCUUGAAACCAGGGAUGUCCUCUCAUGUCUUAUGCACGAGCCUUUCAAAUCGUUACCUGUUCUAUGGACCAUCCACGAAAGAUCACUGGCUACUCGUUUAAGACAAUACGUUUCAAAUGGACAGACUCAGAUUGUCAAUAGUUGGAAAGAUGCAUUCAACCGAGCUACUGUUGUCGUCUUCCCCAACUACGUCUUGCCGAUGAUGUAUUCCAUCUUUGAUGUCGGAAACUACUUUGUGAUACCGGGUUCUCCAGCUGAAGCAUGGGAAGCAGAUAAUUUCUUGGCCUUGUACAACUGGGAUGAUCUUCGAAAAAGUAUGGGUUUUGGAUCUGAUGACUUUCUUGUUGCCCUUGUUGGAAGUCAAUUUUCAUACAGUGGUCUGUUGAUGGAGCAUGCACUCAUUUUACAAGCCUUAUUACCACUUUUCACAAUAUUCCCAUCUGAUAAUAGUUCUAAUUCUCAUCUCAAAGUCAGCAUUUUAAGUGGGAAUUCAGCUAGUAAUUAUAGUGCAGCUGUGGAGGCCAUUGCUUUAAACUUGGGAUAUCCAAGGGGCAGUAUGAAGCAUGUUGGCAUUGAUGGAGAUGUGAACAGUUUUUUAAGCACUGCUGAUCUUGUGAUCUAUGGAUCCUUCCUUGAAGAGCAAUCUUUUCCAGAGAUUUUGAUAAGGUCUAUGUGCUUUGGAAAAACAAUUAUUGCUCCAGAUCUUGCAAUAAUUAGGAAAUAUGUUGAUGACAGGGUGAAUGGAUAUCUUUUCCCAAAGGAAAAUAUUGGAGCUCUAACACAAAUUCUACUCCAAGCAGUCUCAAAAGGAAAACUAUCUCCAUUGACCCGGAAUAUUGCAUCAAUUGGAAAGGGUCCUGCUAGAAACUUAAUGGUUUCAGAAACCAUUGAAGGGUACACUUCAUUGCUGGAAAAUGUUCUCAAGUUCCCAUCGGAAGUUGCACAUCCUCGGGAUGUUUCUGCAAUCCAUCCUCAGUUGAAACAUGAAUGGCAGUGGCACCUCUUUAAAGAAAUUACAGAUGCAAAAUAUUUGAAUAGAACAGCAAGAAGUUGUAGCUUUCUAGAGAAGGUUGAGGAACUCUGGAACCAUACUCACAAGGAGAAUUCCAGUGCUAGCACUGCAGAUGAAGCUUUCUCCUACAGAGAUUGGAAUGAAGAAAAAGCUAUUGAAAUGAUAAAUGCUAGAAGGAGACGAGAAGAAGAAGAGAUGAAGGAUAGAACUGAUCAACCUCGUGGAACAUGGGAAGAAGUCUAUCGAAAUGCUAAAAGGGCUGAUCGUUCAAGGAAUGAUUUACAUGAAAGAGAUGAUAGGGAGCUUGAAAGGACAGGCCAGCCAUUGUGCAUUUAUGAACCUUACUUUGGGGAAGGGACUUGGCCAUUUUUACAUCACUCUUCUCUAUAUCGCGGAAUCGGGCUGUCUACAAAGGGCCGAAGACCAGGAGCAGAUGAUGUUGAUGCACCUUCUCGUCUUCCUAUUCUUAGCAAUCCCUAUUACAGAGAUGUCCUUGGUGAAUAUGGAGCCUUCUUUGCACUGGCUAAUAGGAUUGAUCGUAUACACAAGAAUGCUUGGAUAGGGUUUCAGUCAUGGAGAGCAACUGCACGAAAGGCUUCUUUGUCCAAGAUUGCGGAAAAUGCAUUGCUGAAUGCCAUCCAGUCACAGAGGCAUGGUGAUACUCUCUACUUUUGGGUUCGUAUGGACAAAGAUCCAAGAAACAAGUUGCAACAGGAUUUUUGGUCUUUUUGUGAUGCUAUAAAUGCUGGAAAUUGCAGGUAUGCAGUUUCUGAGGCUCUACGGCAUAUGUAUGGUAUAAGGCCUGAUUGGGAUUCCUUGCCACCAAUGCCAGUGGAUGGGGAUACAUGGUCUGUCAUGCACAGCUGGGUGUUGCCAACUCGUUCUUUUGUUGAGUUCGCCAUGUUUUCAAGAAUGUUUGUUGAUGCAUUGGAUACAGAGAUGUACAAUGAGCACCAUCAAAGUGGGCGCUGCUAUCUGAGUCUAUCAAAGGAUCGGCAUUGCUACUCUCGUGUGCUUGAGCUACUUGUGAAUGUCUGGGCAUACCACAGUGCUAGGCGAAUGGUAUAUAUGAACCCUGAGACUGGUGCUAUGCAAGAACAACACAAGCUGAAGAGCAGGAGAGGUCACAUGUGGGUCAGAUGGUUCUCAUACACCACCCUAAAAAGCAUGGAUGAGGACUUGGCUGAGGAGGCAGAUUCUGAUCAUCCCACUCAACGGUGGCUGUGGCCAUCAACUGGUGAGGUCUUCUGGCAAGGGGUGUACGAGAGGGAGCGAAAUUUAAGACACAGGGAAAAGGAGAAGAGGAAGCAACAGAGUAGGGAUAAGAUGCAUAGGAUGAGGAUGCGUGUCCGUCAGAAGGUAAUAGGGAAAUAUGUGAAGCCACCGCCAGAGGAGACCGGAUAUGGAAACUCAACAACCAUUUCCUCAACUGCUCAGCAAUAGCCAAUAGGAUGAUCGUGUUCAAGUUUAGUUGGUUUCUUUUUCUUUUUCUUUUAUAGGUGUUUCUGUAUUUUUUAUUUUUUAUCGGAAAGGAUGCAUAUGUGUGUAUUUUGUAUCUGAGGGUUUUGUUUGUAACAAUUGCAUCCUUCUGGUCAUUGAAGCUCGGCUGAUGAAACAUUAACGAUGUAAAUUUAUUUCUCAUUUCUUCUUCCAAGUUUUCAUUAUUUAUUUAAA